GUUGAUGGAGAAGUGAUUCACACCAAGGUGAUAGCAGAGUCACUUUAGACAUUUCAUAGUGCAUAAACAAUUAGCCGGUACAGCUUAUUUUUCAGCUGGGUCUUGGUUUAAUCUUAGGGAAACAAAAUGCCUCGAUCACUGAUAGAAAUUCAGGAGGAAUGGAAAUCUCUGGAGCAAGAUUUCCAGACUCUUCAGGAGGCACACAAAAAAUAUUUACAGAAACUGGAUGAAAUCUCCAAACUCCAGAACAGCUGUUCGUCAUCUAUCGCCCGUCAGAGGAAAAGACUGAAGGAGAUGUCCAGCCAAGUCAAUAAGUGCACAAAGGGAUCAUCAGCAGAAGAUGCAAAGACUUUAGGUAACAUAAAAGAGAAAGUCAGGACCCAAGAACAUGCUUUCUCUGAAAUGGAUGCUUUCCUUCCCCAAAAAAAUGGGUUAUACCUGAGUCUGGUUCUUGGAAAUGUGAAUGUGACUCUUCUGAGCAAGCAGUCAAAAUUUGCCUACAAGGAUGAAUAUGAGAAGUUCAAGCUGUACCUUACAGUGAUCUUACUGCUGCUCUCUUUCAUAUGUUUUUUCUUCGUGAGCUACAGAUUUCUGGACGCAAUCUUCAACUUCCUGCUGGUUUGGUUUUACGGCACAUUAACAAUCAGAGAAAGCGUCCUCAUCACAAAUGGAUCCAGGAUCAAAGGAUGGUGGGUUUUUCAUCACUACAUUUCAGCCUUUUUGUCCGGUGUGAUGCUGACAUGGCCAGACGGGAUCCUUUACCACACAUUCAGGGGACAAUUUCUUGCCUAUUCCUUGUAUCAAAAUUUCGUCCAGUGUCUGCAGUACUACUAUCAGAGUGGAUGUCUGUACAGACUUCGCACGCUGGGAGAAAGACACAACAUGGAUCUGACUGUUGAGGGAUUCCAGUCCUGGAUGUGGAAAGGGCUAACGUUUCUCUUACCCUUCCUGUUUUUUGGUCAUUUCUGGCAGCUCUUCAACAGCGUGUCUUUGUUCAGAAUGGCUCAGCUCCCAGACUGCAGGGAAUGGCAGGUCCGGGUGUGUGGUGUCUGCUUCCUCAUUCUGUUCAUGGGGAAUUUCUUCACUACCCUCGCAGUUGUUCGUCACAAGUUGAAAAGCAGGAAUCAGAAACCAAAGAGCAUGUGACGGAUAAAAAUAUACAUGGAAUGAAAUGCUGUCUCACGAAAAAGAAGGCUAAUUCUGACUGCGCUUCCUGUCACAUCCAAGAAUAUAAUAAAAAAAAAACCAUAUGAUUUCAUAUUUACUAUAGAAAAUGUUAAUGCUAUUAAAUCAAAGCUGGAAGUAUGUCUAUGGUCGCAUUAAAAUUUGGAAGUACUUGAAUAUGUAUGUGUGAAAAUGGUAAUACAAGAAUGA